AUGUUUUUCACAGAAAAACCAAAGAAGACUGGCAUCUAUCGCGCCACAGGCUCUAUAUCGAAUUUUCAAUGCAGAAUUACAAUUCGGAAAAUACAUUCCUUGAUCGAUGUACCAGUUUUAGAAGGUCUAAACAAAAAGCCGAACCAUGACCAAGAAAAUGGAUCGAAUGAGAUACGAAUCAUUCAUUGGCAAGAGAAAAUAUUCAGUAGUUACGAGAAAGAUUAUUAUCGUUUCAAAGAAAAUUGCAAAUCAGAACAUCAAAAACAAUAUUAUCAAUGGCUAAAGUCGGAUUCUCAAAACACUAAUAUUCUAUUCACAUACAUCGAUGGUGAUAACUACUAUCCAGAUGACAAGGAUAACAAAAAUCAACUAACGUCAAGUCCUCCAAACAGUAAAUUCCAAUCUAUGUAUCUUAUGGCUGAUCUUGGACAUGAAGUUUUGCUUUUCAGUAUUUACUGGAGUCCAGAAGAGCAGAUUCUAAUGGUGUACCCAGAUUUCAAUGAAAUCAACACUAAUCCUUUCUAUCAUGAAAUGAGAGAAUCUAAUCUUCACAUGUACCAUUACGCGCUAGAGAAAUGCUCCCCAACAAUGUCAUCUGCGGUAAAACUACCGGAUGCAAUGGUACUCCAACGGUUUACUACACUGUUGCCUGCACAAAAUCGCAAGGAACUUUUUAUCAUGCCAAAACAGCUACAUCGAAACCUUCUAGUUUUAUUGGAAAUAGUAGAAGCAACAGAUUUUAAGUACGAUAACGUACACGUACGAUAUCAAUUCGAGUUACCUGGAGGUGUGAAAAUGAUGAAAAAUGUGGCUUUAUCCGGAAGCACGCACUCUUCUAGCAGGCAACAUAACCAUUGGCAUUUUGGACAUUGUCACGAACUUUUUCUAGUGUUACCAGACUCCAAAGAAGAGAGGCAACAAAACUUACAGCUAUAUUUCGAAGCCAUAUCCGUGGAUAGUUGGUAUCGCGAGCGAUACAUAGGCCACUGCUAUCUCUCGAUUCCGCUUCGGUCUGAUCGUAAUGAAACUACGCUUAGCUUUGUUCAGCUAAAUAAUUCCGAUGUUUUAUAUGAUCGAAUGGAAGCUUUUCUCGUUGGGAAUCGCCGUAAAGUGAAUCUUACUUCCUUUUAUGGCCAGCAACACGGGAAGACGCUACUUAAUCGUUACGGAAAUUCGACGAAUACAUCUGGUAAAUUACAAAUUCGCUAUCAGAUGGUACACCAGCAUCAACCAAUGAUUCUAAACGAGGGUUUGUACAGUGCUGCGAGGAAAGCAAAAAAUAUCUCACUCAAAGAACUUAUCACAUCGUUUAAUUCAGCACGUGAACGUUUAGAAGAGUUUAUUGAUUUAAAGUAUCAAUAAGAAAACAUUUUUCUCAAUCUUGAAUUGAACAAAUUUUUAAAUUACCACUUUUUUUGC